AUGAGCGGAGAGGACUUUACCAAGAAGAAGCUGUGGGGCGGCCGCUUCACCGGCGAGACCGACCCUGUGAUGCAUGCUUUCAAUGAGUCGCUGUCGUAUGACAAGCGCAUGUGGUCGCAGGAUAUCCGUGGCUCGCAGGCCUACGCUAAGGCACUUAUCGGGUGCAAGAUCCUGACCGAGGCCGAGGCGCAGACCAUCUGCGACGGACUGAACCGUGUGGGCGAGGAGUGGCGCACCAACAACUUCAGUGUGGCUCCCGAAGACGAGGACAUCCACACGGCGAACGAGCGCCGCCUCAAGGAGCUUAUCGGCCCGGUGGCCGGCAAGCUGCACACUGGCCGUAGCCGCAACGACCAGGUGGCUACUGAUAUGCGUCUCUGGCUCCUGGACGAGAUCGAUGAGCUCGAGUCGCUCGCCACCGAGCUAGUGCAUGUCAUGGCGAAGCGCGCUCGUGAGGAGGUCGACGUGCUCAUGCCGGGUUACACCCACCUGCAGCGUGCGCAGCCGAUCCGCUGGUCGCACCUGCUCCUGUCGCACGCGACCUACUUCCAAUACGACGUGGAGCGUCUGCGUGCGCUGCGCUCGCGUGUCUCGAUGCUGCCGCUGGGCGCGGGCCCGCUGGCGGGCAACCCUUUCGCGGGUUUGGACCGUGAGGCGCUCGCCAAGGACCUCGGCUUCCAGACUGUGGGCCCGAACAGCAUGCACAGCGUCGCUGACCGCGACUUUGUCGUCGAGACGCUCAUGUGGUGCUCGCUCUUUUCGGUACACGCCAGCAAGAUUGCCGAGGACCUCAUCAUUUACUCCAGCGCCGAGUUUGGCUUUGUGCAGCUCAGCGACGCGUACAGCACCGGCUCAUCGAUCAUGCCGCAGAAGAAGAACCCCGACAGUCUAGAGCUGCUGCGUGGCAAGAGCGGCCGUCUCUUUGGCAACCUGUCCGGCUUUAUGAUGUCGCUCAAAGGUAUCCCCUCGACCUACAACAAGGAUCUGCAGGAGGACAAGGAGCCGAUGUUUGACUCUGUCGACACGGCGGUUGCCUGCCUCAAGAUUUUGACCGGCGUCGUGAGCACGCUUACGAUCUCGUCCGAGAAGAUGCGCGGUGCGCUCACGACCGAUAUGCUUGCUACGGACCUCGCCGACUACCUCGUCCGCAAGGGUAUUCCCUUCCGCGAGACACACCACAUUUCCGGCUCGGCUGUGAAGCUGGCCGAGGACCGCGGCUGCGAGCUGAGCGACCUGUCUCUCGAGGACUUGCUCACACUGCAUCCCGCCUUUGAGGAGGAUGUGAAGCUCGUGUGGGACCCCGAGCAGAGCGUCGAGCGCCGCAACGCCAUCGGCGGCACGAGCCGCCGCGCGGUGCUCGAGCAGGUAGACAAGCUCCUGGCCUAA